AGUCAUUCUAUAUUCAUUUUUGAGCGACUGGUGGUUGCCCCCUCUUCUUUUUUCCUUUAGUUUCUAUUGUCCUGUGUUCAACCUUGCAUUGCUCUGAUCAUUUGGAACACUUCCCACUAAAGAGCUAAUUGUCAUAUGAGGAUGAAGUUUAGAGGCUUGAGCAAGAUAAAAAACCGCACCGUCCUGCACAACCACGUGGCCAAGCUUUUUGACAUCUUUAUCAGAGGUGUGAUACAAAAGGCUGAGGGGGAUUUGGAGCAUACCAAAUUUUGGUUAAACUUAACCCACAGUGGUUAUGAGGAGGGGGAGGGUCACCACGUCCAGCACAAGACGUACCAAACCGUGGAUGGUGGAGUGCUCAUGAACAUCCUGGCGCGCCAAAUGCAAUCGAACAAAUCGAUAAAGCUGGACAAGAGCUUCGUCAUAAGUAUGAAUGUGUUCAAGAGGAAGGACAAAUCCGUGGCCGGUCGUGGUAGAAACAGAGCUUCACUACCACCCAAAGGUACAAGAGAUGUAAAUCGGAUGCGGCAAUUUAUUCUAGAGCACACAUUUGGAGUGAAGAAUGAGCGUAUUUGUGGGCCCUCGCACUGUCUACCGAAAGCUCUGGCCGUUGGAAAGCUGUUGUUUGACAAGAAGAGAUGUCCUGACAGCGUGGAGCGAGCAGCCCUCGAAAACAAAUGGCAGAGUGUAGCAAAGAGCGACGCCACGGAUGAGCACAAAAGUACCUCCGAGUUGAAGAUGGCCAAACAGCUUCUAGAAGCCGCCGGGAUGGACACCGAACAGGAAGUUCACGAUCGUUCAGAUCUUGCAAGGUUGGCCUCACACAUUCAUGAGUAUCAGAUCAAGCUGUGGACUUGUAAUGGACGUCAACCCGUUGCAUACAUAGAUGCCGAGUACAACCCCGAGGGUACCAAAUUCAUAGGGCUCUUCUUUUAUGAUGGUCACUACGAGGUUGUGGAUCACAUCCGUGGGAAAAAGGGCGCACAUUUCUGUGACAAGUGCUACCAGUUUGUCGAGAAGAAUCACGCUAAGAAUUGUGAGAAAAAAUGUAGAAGCUGUGGGCACUUUGAGUGCGGUCAACAAGAAAAAGACGUAGUUUGUGACACCUGUAACGUGACAUUCAAAAACCAGAUGUGUUAUGAUAACCACCUCAAGAAAGUUUCACAGCAGGCCCUUCCUCAUUGUGAGAAAUGUUUUGUGUGCCGUGAUUGUGGGAGACUGGACCAAACCGCGCGCUUCAGAGGUCAUUGGCUUCAUACACUCAAAAGCAGAAAUAGCUUAGUUUUGCAAUAACUCUGAAAAUAAAAUGUUCUAGCUCUCAUUUUUCAAUACUUUCACACAUUUUGCUUUUUAAUUCACAUAUAG